AUGGCACGGAAGCGGAAGCUUAGGGCCGUCGGCGGCGACGCGGAGUGCCUGGACGUGCUGCUCAACAGCGAGCGAUACCAAAGCGAGAAAGACGCGCGUGAGCUGCGCCUGCGCGGUGUGGCGACGCUCGGGCAGUGGAAGGAGCAACCAGACCGAGUGCAGCUCAGCCCCUACACGCGCGGUGUCCUCGAAACGGCCUACAGCCGCCUCGCACGUCACCGGCAGCGGUCGCAAGCGGAUGAGGUGAUGGCGUGGCUGACCCGCGCGAUCCAGCGCGCCGUCGCCGAUGAACUGAUGGCGCCAAAGCGGUUGACAGACGGCGCUGCCAUGGCCGCCUCGUCAACACCACCCUAUCUGGUAGACGUGAAAACAUCUGCGGUCAGGGAUGCCGAAGUAGCCCUGGCGAACACCGCAGCGGAGCGUUAUGCAACGUCAGUGGCGGCACAGUCAGCUGCUACCACCACAGCAGCGAAGCAGGACGGUGAUAGCGAAGGCCCUGCGGCGGUAGCAAGCUCAUAUGGCGACUCUGCGCGCAACGAGGCUGCCGACGACAACGUCGCAGCGCGGCGUCGCGGUCCUCGACAGCGCCCUGUCGUCUCGGACGUAGUGUCAAAGGCGUCUGGGGCCGCUGCGGUGGAAGAGGACGGUGUUGCCGAAAGCGAGGAGGUGUUGGAGGAAGGCGAGGAGAUGGCACAGGCAAUGGCAGAGGAGAGGGCGACAGAGCGCUCCGCGGCAUCGCGCAGCGCGCAGCCGUCCCCUGCCGCAGCAUCCACACCAGCAGGUCGGCACGGCAGCAAGAGAGCACCUGAGGCCGCCCCCACGGCACCUCGGCAGCAGCAGCGCCAGCCGCCACCUCCACAAGACGUCGAGGCAGAGGUGGAAGCUGCGGACGCGGACGAGGACGAUGAGGAACUCGUCGAGGAGGUCGAGGAAGAAGUUGAAGAGGUGGAGGAAGAGGAGCCCGCAGCGACGGCGGCGACGCCCUCGUCCACCGCCCCGGCGCAACCGUCAUCACCAACAGCAGUCGGGGCGACCGCGGCGGAGCGGCGAGAAAGGUUGGUCCGACUUGCAGAGCUGAUGAUGAAGCAGUUCAACACCGCUGACGGGUACCUUCACCCGACGAACAAGGCGGAGCGGGAGGCGCAGGAGCAGCGGGGCGACAUUCUGGUGCUCGACGAGGACACCGCGCAGGUCGACCCACUCGCCAUGUUCAGCACCUACCACGCUGCCACGAUCACGGACGCCGACCCGGUCGGCGUGCGGGCACUCAAGACGAUCUGGACGUCGUACAACAAGCACCAGAUGGCACUGGAGGAGGCAACGGAUGACGCAGCGAUCGAGUUCUACAAGCGCGAGAGCGUGAACGCGCUUCUGUACGGCUCCGUUCUGAUGCGGGCACUGGCGCGCGAGGAGCAUGUCGUCGUGCUCGAGGGCACGCGCCUGCCGCCUUACGGGUUCCCGCUGGUGUCGUCGGACACACGGCCCUUUGCUGUCUUCGCCGCGGCUGGGGCAUCAUCGUCGUCCUCGGCGACAGCCGUCACCGACAUGACAUCUGGCAAGGUACUCACCGCCGUUCAGGCGUACAAAAUGUUCUUCAACUCGAAGGAGAAGCGCUACUCCCCGUUCCGCCCAGCAAUCGAUCAGAGCGCUGGCUGCAGCGUUGUUCGCCUCUCCGGAACCACGCUGCACCUCUACUACACGUCCACGAAAGACCACAUCAUCGAGGAAGACGUGCGACUGCCCUUUGCGGAGGUGAUGCUCGGUGUCCUGCACCUGUUACGCCACAAGGUGCUUCCUCGCGUGAACGUCGUGCACUACCACCUCAUCGCAACGAAGAUGGCGGACCCGUCGGACAGCACAGACUUCAUGCUGCGCUCGACAGCGACCAUCGACUUGACGAACCCGUUUACGAAAGAGGAACUCGACCGGCUGCGGGCGCUCGCGACCCCGCUCGGGAUGGCGGAUGAGAUGGACGACUACCGCUGCAUCGAUGACCUCGUGAUGGUCAUCGAGGAUUCCUCCGGGGCCUCGGUGGUGCACAGUCUGCUGCACAAUCGCGAGGACUUGGAGGCCACAUUGACCGCGACGCUGGCGCAGCUGCUUCCAGAGGAUGACGACCGCGCCGCGGGUGCGGCCGAGGCGGCCGAGGACGCGGAGGAGAAAGACGAAGAGGAAGUUGAAGUAGCUGCACCGCCACCGCCCUCACGCAAGGCGAGAGGUGCUGCAGCAGCUCCUGCCUCGUCGCCGAGCCCCGGCCGCUCUAGUCGCCGUCGCGCAGUGCCCGAGGACGACGAGGACGACACGGUGCGUGUGGAGGCCGAAAAGGCCGAUGAGGCGGUGGUGGCACGCACGUCGCGGGGGAAGCACCGGCAGUCGGCAGGGAUACCCUUGCCCACGACGGCGGCAGCAGCACACGCUGCGCGGGACAGAGAGCAAGAGGAAGCGAUGCUCGAAGAGGCCAUCUACAACCAGUGGCAGCAGCAACGUGGAACGAGCAAGGCCGGUGCAGCGGCGGCAACGGCACCCAAGUCAACACCCGUCGCGCAGCACAGUGACGACGACGGCCCCUCGGCAGAGGAGGCGGAAGAGAACUUCGACGAAGAAUACGAGGAGGUCGAAGAGCUGGAAGAGCUUGACGAGGCGGAGCAAGAACCUCUAACGGCACGUGCCCCUGCCCGUUCUUCCCUUCCUUCCGCCUCCGCAGCACCCGAGGCCGGUGCGCGCGCACGUGGCGCCGGCGCCGCCUCACCGGCGCCGCCGGUUUCACACGCACAACGAAGCAGCAGGGCCGUAGAAGCAGUAGCUGCAGCUGCUGCUACUGCGGACGAGGAGGAGGAGUACCAAGACGACGGUGUCGCGGAAGAAGAGGAGGAAGACGAAGAGGUGGAAGUGGUGACAGCGCCAACGAUCCCACGGGCCCCUGCUGGGCGUCGCGCUGUCCCUGUCACAGCUGCCCCAGCGCGGCCGUCACCGCCGCCUCCGUCACCGUCACCGUCACUGUCACCGGCGGUCCGACGUGCACCGCAGAAAGUGGACAACGACGAGGAGACUCUGCAGGUGCGCACGCGUCGUGGUGCCCGCCGAUCCACCGCACGCGCACGCGCACCGCCACCGGCGGCCCAUGAGGACUUUGAGGAAGCCACGGCAGCAGCAGUGGAAGACGCGCCGGAGGUGGCGGCCGGGGACGCGGACGAGGAUCAGUGGUUUAAAAAGCGUCCGAAGCGUCGCUACUUCCAGUGA